ACAGUUAGUAUCAAGUAAUUUUUCACUGAAUGGUCCCUAAAUCCCAGACUGCCAGACCUGAGCGCUGUUAAUCAAUAAAAUCACAGAAAAUAAGAAUACGGUAAAUUCUAUACGUUGGCAGUCAAACAUCUUAAACAUGGAAGCUACUACUGCAGAUUUCAUAUACCCUGAUUGGGUGUCUCCCUGCCCAGACAACAUGCAGUAUAUGAACCACGCGGUUUUGGUCUUAGUUUACGUCAUAGUUUUCUGUCUGAGCUUGCCGGGCAACAUGGUGGUGAUCUUCGUGGUGAGCUGCAUGGAGAACCGCAGGACGUCUACUGAUGUUUACCUGAUGCACCUGGCCAUCGCCGACCUGUUCUUUGCCUUGACUCUCCCAUUCUGGGCUGCUUACUAUUACGCCGGCCACUGGAUGUUCGGCACAUUUAUGUGCAAACUGAUUUCAGGCUUGCAGGAAGCCACAUUUUACUGCUGCGUCUUCCUGCUGGCUUGCAUUAGUUUUGAUCGCUACCUGGCCAUCGUGAAAGCAACCCAAUUCCUCACCCAAAAACGCCAUCUGGUUGGUAUAGUGUGUGCAGUGGUGUGGCUAUGUGCCUGUUUGUUGUCCCUGCCCAUUAUAGUGAAUCGUGAGGCCUUUGUGUCUGUAUAUACGCAGGAGUAUACGUGCCAUGACAAUUUGACCGCAGGAAGCAUGGACAGCUGGAGGAUGAGUUUGCGGAUUCUCCACCACACUUUGGGAUUCUUCCUGCCAUUAGCCGUCAUGAUGUUCUGCUACGGUUUCACCAUGUGCACGCUUUGCCGCUCGCGCAACAGCCAAAAGCAGAAGGCCAUGCGGGUCAUCCUGUCUGUCGUGUUGGCUUUUAUCAUCUGCUGGCUGCCCAAUAAUAUCCUAGAGUUAAUAGACACCCUGAUGCGAGGCGGCCAGGUGAUGGAAACGUGUGAGCUGAGAGACAGCAUAGACGUGGCCUUGUACGUCACACAGGCAAUGACUUUUGCCCACUGUGCAAUAAACCCCAUUUUGUAUGCCUUCAUUGGAAAGAAAUUCCGCAACCAGCUCCUGACGUCUCUCUUUAAGAAAGGCCUGUUAGGGAGAAACACAAUGUCGAAAUAUCGAGUGGGAUCUGUUCAUAGCUCUGGAAGCACAAGGCAAAUGUCAGUGACUCUGUAGUCAACUGUUAUCCUCUUAUAAUAUUAAAAUUAUACGUAUUCUUCCUCUUUUGCUAUACUGUUAAAGAAAGAGUUUAGCCAGAAAUUUUAUCUCGUUACUAUCUCAUACAGAAUUGUCAUUUUUAAAUAAACUGUUCCUUUAAGAAAAUUGCUUCCACAUAAACUAAGUUUUGUUUUUAUAGAAUUAUAGAUUUAAAGGUAUAGAUAAGAACGUGUUUGUGUAUCGUUGACUUUCUGUAGCUUUUUUUCUGAUGAUAAUGAUCUUUGAAAGGUUUUUUUUGUGGUUUCAGCCAGCACACCAAGCUUUUACUUUGAACGCUGUGUGUUCAUAUCAAAAUGAUCUGUGAAAAACACUCUGCAGAGGUUUCAGAUUUUGUCGGAAAUUAGUAAAAGGUGAAGGUAGAGAUUUUCUGUUUUGCAUUUUUUUUUUCAUUUUGGGGUUGGUAAAAUCUCUUAUGCUCACCAAGGCUGCUUUUAAUAUUGUACAAUAUUAUUACUUUUUUUUUUUUUUUAAGUUCAUGUUUAACAAUGUAAUUUAUUUCUGUGAUGCAAAGCUAAAUUUUCAGCAUCAUUACUCCAGUCUUCAGUGUCACACGAUCCUUCAGAAAUCAUUCUAAUAUUACAUUUACAUUUAUGCAUUUAGCAGACGCUUUUAUCCAAAGCGACUUACAUUGCAUUCAAGUUACAGUUUUUACAUUUUAUCAGCUCUUGCUUUCCCUGGGAAUCGAACCCAUGAUCUUGGCGUUGCUAGCGCCAUGCUCUACUAUUUGAGCUACAGGAAAGCUGUAGCUCAAAUUAAUAUGCUGAUUUGCUGCUCAUGAAACAUUUCUUAUUAUCAAAAUUUUUUAUUUUUUUUCAAAUCUUAUUGACCACAAACAUUUGAAAAUUAUUACUAUUUUUGUUUUUAUUCUAAAAUAAUGUAAAAAGCAAAUUAUGUUUUGGCUUCACACGUGUUUCAAAUAAAGUUGCUUCAGAAAUA